GGGCAGAAGCUAAUGUGCUCACCCAUAGGACCCAAGUGUCUGAGAAAAGUUUGGGAAAGCAGAUAUGUGAUGGUAUUAGCUAGUUUUCUAGGGAAACAGAACUGAAUUUUUAAGGCUUUAACUAGUCACUGAUCAUAGUAGAAAAGUUCAUAGGGAAGAACUGGAGAAAUCUGUAAUCUGUCUCUUCUGAAAACUUCACUUUCACUGUUAGUUCAAAAGAUUAAAUGGCAUAUUUUAGUGUCCUUGUUAGUAGACUAAAUUCCAGAAAGUGUAUUAUAACCUAGUCAGGUGAUACCUGGAGUGUGAAAAAUCACUAUUUCUUAAGCAUUGGAUAACAACUUGAUCUUUCAAUUAGGGGCAUAUAUUUCAAAUAGUGAAUGACUGUGCUGACAAAGAAGCCAUGAAGACUCAUUUGUAAUAUGUGAAUACCAGCAUUAAUACCUAAAGCUAAAUUUAGUAAGUGGUGAAACAUGUUAAUUUGAAAGUGGAGCAAGUCAAUUGAGAUGGAUGGUGGUAGUGCAUGUGAUAGCACUUUGGAUAUCACUUUGAGCAUACCUGCAUAUUAAGGGCAGAAGUACAGUCUCUAUUUGUAUUAUAAUAACAUAGAGCUACAAUGAAGAUGAGAUUUUGUUUUGUUUGUUAGGUCUUAAUUUUUCUGUUGCAUACGUUGACUGGUGUAUGGCUGUAAAACUGCAAUUUGUUGAGAGGUAUAUCAGAAUAAGUGCGAGUUUGCUUUGUAGUACUGAAGCAAAGGUAUAAAUCGAUGUCCUGUGACCACCAGCAGGCAAGCAGACUAAUUUUAUUAUUUUCUCCUGCUAUUGAUUUACUUUGAACCCAGAAGUUUAGAUUAACUAGACAAAUGCUGCUGUCAGUUACAGUUAUCACACUGAGAUGUAUGGUUACAGCUUGUAGUGUGGCUUUUUUUUAAGAUAUAAAAAGUACUUCUUUAUACACUAGAGUUAAUUAGCAUUUGGUAUGUUUGAGUUCUCAUGAGCAUUAGCAGACAAAUAUCCCUUAUUGUGGCUGUCCUUAAAGAGGAAGGCAGUAAUCUAGAGUUUUCACUAAAAUGUUUCCAAGUGCCAUAGCAGUGCUUCCACUAAAUCUAAAUUUUUGGAAGACAAGUUUGGUUGUAACCUGCACACACAGCUCAGUGUCUGACAAGUAUAUUACUUCUCAGUGUUACUAUGUGUAUUGGGUUUGCGUGGCAAGGUUUUGGUAGCAGAGGGGCCACAGGGGUGGCUUCUGUGAGAAGUUGCUAGAAGCUUCCCCUAUGUCUGAUAGAGCCAAUGCCAGCUGGCUCCAAGAUGGACCUGCUGCCGGACAAGGCUGAGCCAAUCAGUGAUGGUGGCAGCGCCUCCUGUGGUAACAUAUUUUAAAAGGAAAGUGUGUGUGUGGGGGGGAACUGCUGUGCAACAGCAGCUGGAAGAGAGGAGUGAUAAUCUGUGAGACAAACAACUCUGCAGACACGGAGGUCAGUGAAGAAGGAGGGGGAGGAAGUGCUCCAGGUGCCAAGCAGAGAUUCCCCUGCAGCCCAUGGUGAGGCAGGUUGUCCCCCGGCAGCCCAUGGAGGUCCACGGUGGAGCAGAUAUCUACCUGCAGCCUGUGGAGAGCCUGCGCUGGAGCAGGCUCCUGGCAGGAUCUGUAGACAUAUGGAGAGAGAAGCCCGCAAUGGAGCAGGUUUGCUGACAGGACUUGUGACCAUGUGGGGGACCCACACUGGAGCAGUCUGUUCUUGAAGGACUGCACCCUGUGGAAAGGACCUGCACUGUAUCACUUUGUGAAGAACUGCAGCCUGUUGGAAGGAGUCAUGUUGGAGAAGUUCAUGGAGGACUAUCUCCCAUGGGAAGGACCCCAUGCUGGAGCAGAAGAGUGUGAGGAGUCCUCCCUCUGAGGAGGAAGAAGCAGUAGAGACAACGUGGGAUGCAUUGACUGUAACUCCCAUUCCCUAUCCCCCUGUACCACUCGGGGGAAGAAUGUAGAGAACUCUGGAGUUAAGUUAAUCCUGGGCAAAAGGGAGGAGUGAGGGGAAGGUGUUUUUAAGAUUUAGUUUUUCUCAUUAGCCUACUCUAAUUUGAUUGGCAAUAAAUUAAAUUAAUUUCACUGAGUAGAGUCUGUUUUGCCCAUGAUAGUAAUUGAUGAAUGAUCUCUUCCUGUCCUUAUCUCAACCCGUGAGCCUUUAGUUAUAUUUUUCUCUCCCCCGUCCAGUUGAGGAGUGGGAAUGACAGAGUGGCUUGGUAGGCACUUGGUGGCCAGCCAAGGCCAACACAAUACACUAUAAUGCUUUUUACUUCUCUUAGAGGUUCAUAAUGAUGUUACUUAUCAAUACAAUUGAAGUAUUAAAUUAUAUAUUAACGGCCAUAUAGCCAUCUUUAAAAAUGGCAAGCACUGAAAUGGCUCAGGAGACAAACCAGACCCCAGGGCCCAUGCUGUGUAGUACAGGAUGUGGAUUUUAUGGAAAUCCUAGGACAAAUGGGAUGUGUUCUGUUUGUUACAAAGAGCAUCUUCAGCGACAGCAGAAUAGUGGUAGAAUCAGCCCAAUGGGGACAGCUAGUGGUUCAAACAGUCCUACCUCAGUCUCUGCAUCUGUACAGAGAGCAGACACUAGCUUAAACAACUGUGAAGGUACUGCUAGUAGCACAUCUGAAACAUCAAGAAAUGUGCCUGUUGCCGCUUUGCCUGUAACGCAGCAAAUGACAGAAAUGAGCAUUUCGAGAGAGGAAAAAGUAUUGCUGAAAAUGGAGACCAAACCAGUUGUUACUCAACCAAGCCCAUCAGUUUCUCAACCUAGUACUUCACAGAAUGAAGAGAAACCUUCUGAACUACCUAAACCAAAGAAAAACAGAUGUUUCGUGUGCAGAAAGAAGGUUGGCCUUACAGGAUUUGAUUGCCGAUGUGGAAAUUUAUUUUGUGGACUUCACCGUUAUUCUGACAAGCAUAAAUGCCCAUAUGAUUACAAAUCAGAAGCUGCAGCAAAACUUAGGAAAGAGAAUCCAGUUGUGGUGGCUGAAAAAAUCCAGAGAAUAUAAACUAGUCUACUUGUGAAAAGACUGACUUUUAUCUGUUUUAUUUUAAUAUACACUAGGAAAGCAUUAAAGAGCAGUUGCAUGGCAAUUUUUCUUGUUCUCCAAAGUUUUAUGUCUGUAGUAAUAUUUCGGAAUGUUUGAGUGUUUGUUACAGGCAGAAUUGGAUAGAUACAGCACUUGAAUAUAUAUAUGCUCUCCUCAGAAUAUGACUGGAUGGUCGGAACCUGCACAGGAAUACACAUGCACAGAGAACAGGCUCUAGUUCACAUGUGCCAAACAGAUCUAUCUGCAUGUUUGCAGCAUAUCUGCCUUUUGAGAUGUUAAAGGUGUAUAACAUUAGCUAAAGGCUAUGUGCCUGUUGGGGAGAAGGAUAUGUCACAAAGUUUGGCGACCUAAUUCUAUCAUUUAAAAUCUUGUUCUGCUUUUAAUUUCCACACACCAUUGUUUUCCAGCAGAAUAGAAUGUAAGCCGUGUAGAGGGCUCUGCCUUCCAGUAAGAUGAGUGUUGGUGCCAUAUUUAAUAAAAAGUCAUUUAACAAUUGCAAUUGGAAAAAUAGGAAAAAAAUCAGAUAUGUACAAGAAAACUAUUUUGGAACAGUUUACAUUAAGUUUAGAACCAUGAAAACAGUUUCCCGGAGGAAAUGUCCUCUUAGAAACUUAAGAACUGGCCUGCAAUAGUUGGCUGCUUUUCCUUGCAUAGCUAAAAUAUUGUGUAGCACAAUAUUGUACUAAGAUUGUCUUAUAAAACAAAAGCUACAUCUGUGUGGGUUUUUUUUAGACACACCACAGCAGCUUGAUGCAUCUGUGAAAGCUGCAGAAGUAUUUGAGCAGUUUAUUAUUCAUGUACUUCUUUUGAACCCAGAAGACAAUGAACUUAAGAAUAUUAGGAUUUUUUUUUUUUUUUUUUAUUGUAACAAUUGCACAAGCAGCCAUUUUUGGGUAUGGAAAACCAUACCCAACAUGAUGCCUGUAGAUGUAAGUGGGAGCUAGAGCCACUCUUGGAGGGCUGCUUUAUCAUUUCUAAUUGUACUUGGGUGUAGAACUGUGGUGUUCUUUAGUGUAUUGCAUGGGCUUUGUUACCUACAGCUUUGUAUAAUAACUAGAAAAGGCAAUGCUUGCUGAUGCUUGUCUGGUAAUAUCACUUCUGUGUUAUAAUGGAAGGGUUUUUUGUGAUUUAUGAAACUUGUGGGUUUUUUAUAUAAUCAAGUAUAGUGUAGACUAGUGUUGUAGUAAUGCCUCUUCUCGUGUAAAUAGUUGUGUAUGUACACAAGAUGCUACUUCUGACUUCUGUUGCAGUGUUUGGUCUUAGUUUCUUAGUUCACUAUUAAAAGCAUCAGACUUUUGCUUUAACUUAGUUUUUUUCAAUUUAGUUAUCAGAUAUGCAAACAUGUACAGAUAGUUCAUACUUGGGUAUUGCACAUAAUCACACUAUCCAGCAGUUAUGCUUUGUUGUAUCGUGUAAAUAAUAAAAAUCAUGUACAGAAGGAAA